GAAGCUGCUAAAUAAGAGGCGCCAUCAGCAUAUACUCCAGAACACUCUUCCACUCCAUCCACAGUGCUCUUCUGCCUCCAUCUCGCUCAGCUAACCUCCUGGCACCUGCAACCAUGAGUCUACAGACCAAGCAAUUCAGCAGCUUCAGCACAGUGAGCAGCAAAGGCAAAUCCGGCUUCAGCACAGUGAGCAGCAAAGGCAAAUUCAGCAGCGUCAGCAGCUCCGGCUUCAGUGGUGCCUCUUACUAUGGCAUAGGACCCCGGUUCAGCUGGAGCCCCUCCAUCAAGCAGACCCCGAUGCCCUGUGGCCUUCACUCCGGCUCCCAUAUCAGCUCGGUGAACGUCAACUGGAAUCUGCUGGAUCCCCUCAACUUGGGGGUCGACCCCACUUUCUGUACCGUGCGCAAAGAGGAGAAGGAGCAGAUCAAAUCCCUCAACAAUCGCUUCGCCUCAUUCAUCAAUAAGGUGCGCCAUCUGGAGCAGCAAAACAAAUUGCUUGAGACCAAGUGGAACCUCCUUAAACAGGAGUCCCCCGACGAUUCCCAAAUCGAAAUGAUGUACGAGGACUACAUUUCCAGGCUGCACUAUCAGCUGGACACCCUCAACGAGGAGAGGAGCAGGCUGGACGGCGGCCUGAAGGACGUGAUGUUGCAGGUGGAGGGCUGCAAGGAAAAGUUUGAAGAUGAAAUUAACAAGAAAGCCAGCUUAGAAAAUGAGUUUGUAAUCCUGAAGAAGGAUGUCGACCACGCUUUGCUGGUGAAGACAGAACUGGAUGAAGAGGCUGAAGCCCUGAAUGAAAAAAUAUACUUCCUCAAGACUAUAUACGAUCAGGAAUUGACUGAGCUUGAAGCCAGCAUCAAGAACACUUCGGUCACUGUGCAGAUGGACAACUCCCGUGAAAUCAACAUGGAAGACAUCAUAGCUGACGUUAAGGCACAAUAUGAGUAUGUUGCCACCAAAAGUCGCGAGGAGGCAGAAUCGUGGUACAAGGCUAAGGUCAAUGAGAUGUCAAAGAAUGCCAGCUACUAUGAUAAUCAACUAUCCACAUCAAAGAAUGAACUGGCGGAGCUCAGACGCAAGAUCACGCGUAUAAAAAAUGAGAUUGAGACUGUCAAGGGACAGCAAGGUAAUCUGGACUCGGAUAUAAAGAAGGCAAAAGCUAAAGGAACUGAGGAGCUGGAAAAAGCCUGGAAGCACAUCCGGAGCCUGGAGAAGAACUUGAACGAGAAGAAGAAGGCUCUGGCUUGCCAGGUGAAAGACUAUCAGGAGCUGAUGAACUGCAAGAUGGCCCUAGACAUUGAGAUCGCCACCUACAAGAAGCUGCUGGAAGGAGAGGAGUUCAGAAUUGGACAUGAGUACGCUGUGAAUAUCCAUCCAGGGACCCACACCUAUAAAGAGGUGGAAAUUCCACAGCAAAAACUUCUGAUCAAGAAGAUCGAGACUCAUGACAAGAAGACAUUCAGCCUCAACUGAGCUACUGGAAACACAGUGAAUGGUGCCUUAUCCUGUUAACUUUACCUAUAAAAUGUAACUUCGGGUAUAAAGGGAAAAUAAAACAGUUUCUCACUAGCACAGGCUUUCUGCUCAGAUAAAAAAUGUAUUAAAAAUAAAGUGCUCUCUACAAUAAAUUCA